UGAAUGGUAAGUAAAAUAAAUUUUUUAGAUCUGUUGGAUUACUUCAGUCGGCACCGGCGACGAAAAAUUGUACAAUGGUAAGUAAAAUAAAUUUCCAAACCCUAAUUCCUUUUUCAUUUUACUCGAGCUUCCCUCUCUCCGUCGCGCCUCUCUCCCCCACUUCACUGACGACUGCCGGCAGCCCAGUCGGCACCGGCGACGUUUCCUUUCUCUCCCCAGCGACGAUAAAUCUUCUCUCUCCUCAGUCAGCGAUAUCUCCUUCUCUCUCUCCAGUCGGCGACAUCUCCCAUCAACGCCUCUCUCCCCUACUUCAUUGACGAGUGCCGGCAGCCCAGUCGGCACCGGCGACGUCUCCUUUCUCUCCCCAGUCAGCGAUAUCUCCUUCUCUCUCUCCAGUGUGGCGACAUCUCCCACUUCCCAGUCGGAGACAACUCUUCCCUCUCCCCAGUCGGCAUCGGUGACAUCUCCUUCUCUCUCCCCAGUCGGUGACAUCUACUCUUUCCAAUCGACGCUUCUCUCUCCCACUUCACUGACGACUGCUGGCAGCCCAGUCGGAGACAACCCUUGCUCUCCCAAUCGGCGUCAGGGACAUCUCCUUUGACUGGAACUCCUUCAGAAGAGAAAGAAGAAGUGAAGACGUUUAAGGAUUUGGGGAUAUGCGAACAAUUGUUGGAAGCGUGUGACGAUUUGGGAUGGAAAAACCCUACGAAGAUACAAGCCGAAGCAAUUCCCCAUGCUCUUGAAGGCAAAGACUUGAUCGGUCUUGCUCAAACAGGUUCUGGUAAAACUGGAGCUUUUGCUCUUCCCAUAUUGCAAUCGCUUCUCGAAGCUUCAGAGAAAUCUGUGCAACCGUUCUUUGCUUGUGUGAUGUCUCCUACGAGGGAAUUGGCAAUUCAGAUAGCAGAGCAAUUUGAAGCUUUAGGAUCUGGCAUUGGUGUGAAGUGUGCUGUGCUUGUUGGUGGGGUAGAUAUGGUGCAACAGGCUAUCGCACUUGGAAAGCGACCGCACAUCAUUGUUGGAACCCCCGGGCGUCUUGUGGAUCAUUUGUCGAACACAAAAGGUUUUUCUCUACGCACACUGAAAUACUUGGUUUUAGAUGAGGCAGACAGGUUGCUAAAUGAGGAUUUUGAGAAAUCACUUGAUGAAAUUCUAAAGGUUAUACCACGGGAUCGAAGAACAUACUUAUUUUCUGCAACUAUGACCAAAAAGGUGAAAAAGCUCCAGAGGGCAUGUCUAAGGAAUCCAGUGAAGAUAGAAGCAGCAUCUAAAUAUUCCACUGUUGACACAUUGAAGCAGCAAUAUCGCUUUAUUCCUGCCAAAUACAAGGAUUGCUACCUUGUAUAUAUUCUGACAGAGAUGUCCGGAAGUACUUCCAUGGUUUUUACUCGAACAUGUGAUGCUACUACUUUUUUGGCCUUGGUCCUCCGAAACCUUGGUUUAAGGGCCAUCCCAAUUAAUGGUCAUAUGACUCAGGACCUCACUUUUAGUGGAAUAUUGCAACAGUCAAAGAGACUGGGAGCCUUAAAUAAGUUCAAAGCUGGAGAGUGCAAUAUUCUUAUAUGCACUGAUGUGGCAAGUAGAGGACUUGAUAUUCCAUCAGUGGAUAUGGUUAUUAAUUAUGAUAUCCCUACAAACUCAAAGGAUUACAUUCAUCGUGUUGGAAGAACUGCCCGUGCAGGACGAUCUGGGGUUGCAAUCUCGCUUGUGAAUCAGUAUGAACUGGAGUGGUAUCUACUGAUAGAGAAGCUUAUUGGUAAAAAGUUACCUGAAUUUCCUGCUGAGGAAGAGGAAGUCUUGCUUCUGCUGGAGCGGGUCACUGAAGCCAAAAGAAUUUCCCAGAUGAAAAUUAAAGAAUCUGGUGGCAAGAAGAGGAAGGGCGGAGGAGAUGGUGAAGAAGAAAUUGAAAAAUAUUUAGGCAUCAAGGAUAAGAAGUCCAAGAAGUUCAAGAAAAGAUGAGAUCAGCAUAACCUUCUGUGGAAUUUUUUUU